AUGCCACACUUGUCACUGCCAGACAACGUCACCACAAUCAACUACGCACUCGACUGGCCGCACCUCGAGAACCCCAGCAACACGACGUUUGCAGGGCAAUCCCAGAUCGACAUAUGCCGUUGUCCACGAGCAGACCUGUCGCCCCAGAAGGCCUCGGAGCCAGGCCACAUCUACACGCGCUUCAGAUGCGUGGGGCCAGCCGUCCACUUCAAGACGGCAGACGACCUUCUAUGGGUCCUCGACGCCCCCCGCGGGCCUCUCAACAUGCUGCGCCCUGCAACUAGCGACGAGCACAACCGACGGCGCCGCAUCCACGACGCCGCAGACCCAGCCGCCUACCAGGACGCAACGUUCCUUUUCCUGACGGGGCCCUGUCCCCGCGGCCGCUACCAAGCAUAUGCCACGCGCACCUGGCUGCAGAGCCUCAGUCCGCUGGCCCGCGGCCACGUCUCGAGUCUCUGUCUGCUCAUCCAGCCCUACGAGGAAGACGGCUCCGACGACGCGACUCGCCGGGCAUACGCCCAUCUCGCAGACUACAUUGUGCACACGGUCCCGGCGCUAAAAGCACUCUACCUGUACGUCUGUCCCAACGGCAUGCGAAUGUGGAAUGCCGCACGCGAAUUCAGCAUUCUUCUUCGCAGCAACGACCACAACACCAAGAUCAUUGUUGCCGGCGAC